CGGGUCUCCUCCCGGGCGGCGGGCAGCGCCCGGCGCGCUGCCUUUGUCUCCUGCGCUGCGUCCCGCACCGCAAAGGCGUCGGCGCUAAAUUCCCAGGGGCUAAGAAGAUCCCAGGCUGCCUUUCUUGCCCUGCUUCGUCAUUUUACUAUUUUUUUAAUUUUUUUUUUCCUGUGUGCUUAAGGGCUCAGUAAAGUCUUUGGCCUGGAUAUUUUGCUGUUUUUUAUUUUUCCUCCGUGUUUAAGUGUCUGCAUUGAAUGAACUAAUAAAGAUGGAUAAGAAAUCAUUUGAAACCGUGCUGGAUGAAAUUAGAAAGGCUGUACUGACUGAGUACAAAUUAAAAGCUAUUGAAUAUGUUCAUGGAUACUUUUCUAGUGAACAGGUAAAACUCAAGGCAAUAAAGGCUUUACAACAUAAAAUAGUGGCAGUUCCAGCAUCAAAAAUGGUUAAUAUUCUCAACUGCUUCACAUUCAGUAAAGAUAAACUUAUCGCCCUUGAAAUCUUAGCUUCCAACAUUGUUGAUGCUCAGAAUUAUCGCCUUAUUGAAGAUCUGUUCAGAAUUAAUAUGUCAGAGAAGAAAAGAUGCAGAAGAAUUCUUGAACAGGCUUCAAAAACGGGUUGUAAGGCUCCUCAUGCUAUGAUAUCAUCCUGUGGCAUGAUUCCUGGCAACCCUUAUCCCAAGGGGAAGCCAAGCCGCAUAAAUGGAAUUUUCCCAGGAACCCCUAUCAAAAAGGACACAGAGGAAUGUACUAAUGAAGGAAAGGGAAUAGCAGCCCGUAUACUUGGACCAUCCAAACCAGCUCCAUCAACCUACAACCCACACAAACCAGUUCCAUACCCCAUCCCACCAUGUCGGCCACAUGCAACUAUUGCACCAAGUGCUUACAACAAUGCUGGCUUAGUUCCAAUGGCUAAUGUCAUAGCUCCAGGCUUAGCAGCUCCUCCACCAUACACUGCUAAUCAAGUGGUAUCAGAAAAUGAGGACCUUUCCAGCCAGGCAAAACCUUCCCAAAAUCAAGCUUUUUCUGCACAAGCGAAUCAGCUCUUUACUCCUCAUGGUUCUAAUCCUUCAACACCUGCUGCUACUCCAGUCCCUACCCCAUCACCUGUCAAGGCAAUAAGCCAUCCAUUAGCACCUGCAACUCCACUCAUAUCUGGGAUGAACAUGUCUACCCCUGUCCUUCCUGUUUUCCCAGGACAGGUCUCCUCUUCCAUCCAUACAUCUCAGCCAUCCACCCCAACCCCUACUGUCAUCAAAUCCCUUUCAUUGCCUGGUGUUCCUGUCACAUCUGUUCACAGUGCAACCUCUACCCCUAUCCCUGCAGUUUUUUCUGGGCUGGCUUCUAUACCCACUGCUACGCCAGCUCCGCAAGGUUCUUCCACACCAUGCGCCACACCUGCGCCUAGUGAAGCUUUCGCAUCUGCUACUGCACCAUUUGCUGGCCUCCCGUUCUCUGCAACCUCUUCAAUUGCUUCCGCUAAUAAUCCCGCUCCAUUGUCAUCAGUUUUUGCUGGCCUCCCUUUGUCCUUGCCUCCCAAUGCCCAAGGGAUUUCUAGUCCUGUUCCAUCUACAAUUGCUAAUUCUCCUGCCACUACCAUUCCUGGUUCGCUUAGCUUGCCUAACCCAAUUUUGUCUGUCUUAAAGGGAUUUCUGACAUCAAAUGACACUUCAUUAAUCAAUUCAUCUGCUUUACCUUCUGCUAUGACAAGUGAGCUUGCUUCUUUAUCUGCUCUUGCUAAUCAAAGCUCUGACCCUCCCACUUCCUCUGUCAACAAAUGUUAUACUCCAUCAGCCACCCCCACCCCACAGCGUUCCUCCACACCUGGGCUGGCCAUUUUUCCAGGUCUUCCAUCCCCAUCUGUGGCCAAUUCUAGUUCCACUCCUCCAACAUUGCCUGCACAGUCACCUUUAACCACUUCACCAUCGAUUAUGCCAGUCAACUGUGGCUCAUCAGCCUCCCUCUUGCAUGGCACAAGCCCUACUAAUCCUGAUCAGCAGCUCUCAUCAGCCCCAGCUGCCACAAGUAUCCCAGUUCUGGUCAAAACAGAACCCAUGAGUCCUACCCUUUCGGCCUUCAAGGGUCCUUCUCAUUCAGCUGGCCCUUCUCAUGGCACUAUAGGACUGUCCGCGCUUGGGCGUGCAUACACCUCAGCAGCUUCAGUGCCAGUCAGUUUACCCAGUUCCCUGAAUCCAGCACUAUCAGGUCUCCCCUCUUUGAGUGCUCCUCUAAACAAUUCCAGUUCUCUGGCUUCCAUUUCCCUCGCCCCACAUGGCUCUUCUGCUCCCAUUCCCCCUGUGUUCAAUGGACUUCCACCUUUUACGUCUCUAACCAGUAACUUUGCUUUUACUGGUAAUCCAGCACUUACGCCACCCGUCACUCUCCCAGGGUCUUUGUUAGCUACUCCGUCUACAACCGCUUCAGCCGUGUCUGCCCCUCAUGUGAGUUCCACUGCCGCCGUACUCUCAGGACUCGCCGCCUCAGCAACAGUCUCUGCUCCACCCUUCUCGCUUAACUUGUCCAGUGCUGUCCCUUCCCUUUUUUCUGUUGCCCAGGGACCUCUGGGAUCAUCAAACCCAUCCUUCCCUGGUUUUCCUGUCUCUAACACACCCUCUGUCACUCCUGCUCUCCCUUCUUUCCCUGGCCUCCAGGCAUCUUCUGCAGUAGCAGCAGUUGCACCGUUGCCGGCAGCUGCCACAGCCCCAUCUCCGGCUCCGGUCCUGCCAGGGUUUGCCUCGGCCUUUAGCUCAAACUUCAACUCUGCACUUGUUGCACAGGCUGGCUUGACUUCUGGACUACAGACACCGGGAAAUGCAGUUUUUCCUGGUCUUUUAUCUCUCCCUGGUAUCCCUGGCUUUCCCCAAAGUGCCGCACAAUCUUCCUUACAGGAAUUACAGCAUAGUGCGGCUGCACAGUCAGCACUACUACAGGCACAUUCUGCUUCUGCUCUGGAGAACUAUACAGCUCAGCCUGAAGGUUUUGCUAACUAUCCGUCAACACCAGGAACACCAUUUUCCUUGCAGACAAGUCUGCCCCAGAGUGGAUGGCAAUAAAUACCAGACAUUUUUAAAGACUGCAGUGGUUGCUUGACAGAGCCUGAUCCUAUUCACUUUGAAGGCUGUCUCCGCACUAGUAGGAGCAUGGUCUGAAUUGGGGAAGGAGGGGGAAAACAUGAGGGUAAAAUGAUUCCAGGAGGCUGUGUCAGAUGUCAAACCUUAUUUGUGAUUGCAUUUAAUUGAUUCAGGGUCUGAUCCUGUGAAUUGCUGAGCAUCCUUGACUCUCCUUUUAGCUUACAAGUUGAACGUUUGGUGUCUUACAGGAUCAGGAACGUUCAAACAGACUUUUAUGUAAAUAGAGCAAUUGGCUAUCAAACUGAAUGGGGAGAACAAGUAUACUUAAUAGUGCGUAUAAGCACCUAUCCUGUUAUGUUUUGUAUGGUAUAUGUGGUUAAUAUAGAACGAGAUCUAGACUGAAACUAGAUACUCCAAGCUGUAGACGAUCUUUCGUCUAGAUGCACACUUCUUGUGUGUGCAUAGAUCAAGGUCAGUUUAUGGUUCUUUGGAUCUUUUCUUCGUAUGUGUGAGGAUCUCCUGUUAGCAUCAGCAGUAUGUUCAGGGGAGGCUAGGUCAGAGGGGUGUGGGGGUUUUCUUACGCUUUGAAAUAUUGUCACGGGCUUGCUGCUGAAUUGAGUACUCCUUUGUCUGAAUCUGAACAGGAGAGCUAGGAAAUGGUGCUGUACUGUAUUUGAGUAGAAGUGGAUUAUGUUUUACUGGAGUAUGGUUUAGCUAGCUGAGAAUAUGUCUUUCCAAAGUACAUGAAAAGCAUUUUAAUUUGCCUCUAAAAUAAUGUUCCAUAACAUUCUCCCUGCCCCCACACCUCUCUGUGAAUGAAAUAACUGUACUGCGGAUAGGCUGCCUAUCCGGCACUUUUGACUGCAGACUUUUGUGAAUGUUUACAGGCAUGGGUCAAGUUCUUCUCUCCCUUAUACUCAUAAACUCACUGGUUCUCUAUAUGCUUUUUGGCUAUGAACCACAACUUGAUGGUGCUUAUGCUAUCUUGUGAAUAUAAGUGGGAGCAGAAUUUGGACCAUGGAUUUUUUUAGUAUUUUUCCUUGGAAAAUGUACAUGAUUUUAAAGGCAUAUAGCUAAAUUAACUGUAUUGGUUAGGAAAGGUUAUGAUGCAGCAUAUAGAAAGGUCUUGCUUUGUUAGUGAAAUUCAGUUGUGCACUCUUCUAAUAACGUUAGUACCUGUGGCAAUGUGUAACACAUCAUUGAAUAUCAUCUAUUUAAGAUAAGCUCUAGAGACAAUAGAGAUGAAUGAUAUUCAGUCCUGUGAUUGAAUUAAAACGUAGAGGAUACUAUACUGUAGAAAAGCUCUGCGCCUAGAGUUCUACUUUUUUAAAGAUGAAUUCUGCUGGGAGAUGUUGCUAAUGUAUUUUCUUUCAAGAUGUGAACAAACUUUUUUAGAACAUUAAUGGAAAUUCCUGUAUUGGUUUUUAACACAAUUUUUUAAAAUAAAAGGUUUACAGUCAUGGCAAAAAGGCUUUGCUGACUAUUUACAUAUUUGCCUAAAAUACAGAUGAAUAAACUUGUUUUUACUAAGACGCUUCUUAAUGUUUGAUCUUGCUUAUACUGUUUCUUUAUGAUGCAGAAUUAUUUACUGAAUUAUGAAAUUGUUUUCCUAAAGGGUGGCAAUGGAAAUAUCCUAUGAAGUGUUUAGAUGAAAAAUAUAAAUAGUGUCCUCGAUACUUUGUCAGCAAUUGGGUAGUCUUGCAUUUUAAUAAUGAAAUUUACAUAUUAUUUUAAAGCUAAAGAUAAAAACAUAUUGAACUUUUACAUUUUUAAAUUUUGCGAAACCUGUUGAAUUCUAAUGGUUCUCCACUCUGAACUGCUUUUUAAAUCAAUGCCUUAGAUCUUGACUCCAGAAAUCUGUGGAAAAAAUCUCUACCAUUUUUCAUUAUAAUUUCCUUCUCAUUCUUUUGAUGACUUGUUCUUUGUAGAUUUGUACAUCAGUUGGAGAAGGAGAAAAUAAAAAUACAGGUAUCUUUUCAAGAGCAAAUUGGCUUUUGUUCCAUAGAUGUGAAUGUAGAGUAGUUCGAUGUCAGUAAGCAUUUUGUAACCUUACUGAGGUGCUGAGUUUGAUCUCCAAUUUGAGUCCUAGUUUCCCCAUCAAGCGGUUGAAGUUUAAACUAAUUCACAUUACCUUGUAGUCAAAAACAAGUACCAGACAUCAGCUGUUAUGCAGUGUCGUAUCAAAAAGCAAGCAGUUUGUAGGUUGUUUCUGAAAACAUCUGUUGAAUGGUCAUGGGGUAUGGGUUGUUGCAUUUUUCUGUCCAAAUAUUAGACAACUUGAGUACCUAGGAGACUGUGAAGGCCUGCUUCUCCAAAUGAAAACAGGAAUAAAGUCUGUGUUCUACAUUACAGCAAACUCCUGUGACCCAGCCCUUGAAUUUCUGAAGGGGGUGAUUUGUCCUGAGCCCUUUCGUGCUUACUUGAGCACCAUUUUUGAAAAGUCAAGGAAGAGUCUGCUCCUGAGGCAAACUGUGCCAGAUCUUACACUGAGCCUGUGCUGGGAAAGGGCUGUUGCUCUAUGACUUAAUUCUGGACUAUGAUUUUUUCAUUGUUCAAGUUGGCUAUUACUGCUGUAUUUCAGCUAUGUUGACAGACUGCAAAGAU